AACUUUGAUACUUUAGAGUUAAAUCAUACACUUACGUACAAACAGCACGGGUUCUGCGAUCUACCGCAGGUGGAGAUUGCCUGCCUGAUAACAUAAGGCCGCGAAUCACAAUUUUUAUUCCGGACAACAGAAAAGUUAAGAUACAUUUCGAACACCAUCAACCAAAUAUUAAUUAACGAAUUGAACAAAGUUUGAAUCAUAUAGAGUUGGUUCAUCGGGCAACGAAGAGCACGUCUAGUGUGCCAAAGAUAAAAAUGACUAUAUAUUUUUUACCCAAGAAGAAAAUCCGUUAACGGGAGCGCCAUCUAGCGUCUCAAGUCAACAACAGUCAUGGUCCGUUCUUCUUUUUUCUUAUACCAUAAUAAUAUAGUCUGUUAAAAACGACGGCGGGUAGUACCUUAAAUAUUGAAGUCGUUGACUAUAAUAUAAUAUAGUAGUUUAAAUUUUAUUUAAAUUUAUAAGUGUCUGCCUCCCAUGUGACCAUGUUAAGAUUUAUGCCCGCCUGAUACCUGGAGGUCGCUUAUGCUCAUACACACCAGCUGAGGAGGGCCAGAGGCCUAAGGAUGACAGCUCCUUCUGGUCAUCACUCGUCAGGAAAUCUGCAGGGACUAAAGUUUCAAGAGGGUCUAAACAAUGGCCACCGGCAAAAACGGUAAAUUCAAAACGCAAUCAGUCAUCUGAACUUCGUUCAACCAAGUUAAUGUCAAAAGUAAAACCAAUCAUUCCUCCAAACUUUGUAGAAAAUUUAUUUAAGCAGACACGAUUUACGAAGAAAGAAAUCGUUGGAUUGUGUAAACUAUUUAAAAAACUCGUCGCUAUUUAUGGCGCUGAAUCAACGUCUUCGGUAGCGGCAAUGAGCUCGGUUGUUUUAAUAACGAUACCAACGCAGGGUUUCGACCGGUUGAUGUUCAGAGAAUUCCUGCAAAACGAAUUCGGCAUUACAACCGAGGAGAUUUUGACGGAUCGCAUAUUUUGUUUUUUCGAUCAACGAAAUGACGGCGUCAUACAUGAAGACGAAUGGAUAACUGGGUUGUCGGUGUUGCUAAGAGGCACUCAGGACGAACGGAUCAAAUACACCUUUACCAUAUACGAUCUAAACAACGACGGAUUUAUAACUAAAGAAGAGAUUUUCAGUUUGUUAAGGAACUGUUUGGUCAAACAUCCGCAAGACGAGGACCCAGACGAAGGCGUAAGAGAACUUGUCGACAUCGUAUUACGAAAAAUGGAUUGUGACAACGAUACAAAACUUUCUUUUGAAGAUUUUUCAACAUCUGUCAACAAACAAUCAUUAUUGCUUGAAGCUUUUGGACAAUGUUUGCCAUCUAGAGAAAUUUCUGAGAGCUUUUUAAACUCUAUUAGCAGUGUGCAGUAAAUAUUUGAUGUGGUUUCAACAGCUAACUAACAAGAUUGAUGUAAUUAUUAAGAAAUUUUGUUCGGUCAUAUCCUAUUAUUAUCAGAUUUUUUUAGGAUUUAUGAUCAAAACAAUCCUAUAAUAGCUAUUACUUAGUCCUUAUACAUAGACCAAGAUACAGACAAUUAUGAAAAUAUGUACAUUGUUCAAGUAUGAAGUUUACAAUUAAAAUGCUUUAAAUAAGAAGUGUAAUAAACAGUUUUUUUUUUGCUAGUGAUUAAAACAUGUCUUGUACAUUUUUAGUCUAAGUCGCUAAGGAAAUGAAAUAAAUUUUCCUAGUGAAAGUGUUACUAAAAAACUAAAAGAUGAUAUUCCUAUCAGUGGCGUGGCGAACUUCAUUAACUUAUGAGGCACAAUAAUUUAUAUUAGUAAUUAUAAGUACUUAUUAUAAAUAAUUACGUAUUUAUGUAAUGGUAACUGAGAAUGACUGGCUUAGUCUUAGUGUGUACUUAAUAAAAUAUUACCUAUGUGAAAUUCCCCUAGUCUCCAGGACACCCACCACGCUUGUAGCUGAGGCACGUGCCUCAAAUAAAGUCCUUCGUCACGCCACUGAUUCCUAUUAUCUCUCAACAUACAAUGUAUUUAUUCAUUUUAUCUAAUAUGUUUAAUAAUUAAAUAUUUAAUUGAAGAUAAUAUACUUCAUUCUUUUUUUAAAUGUAUUUUAAGUUUUUCUGUACUUACAAUUUUAACAUGCAUAACAAAAAAAAAAAAUAUAUUCAUAUAAAAUAUAAAAGAUACUAACUAUAAUAAAAUACGUUAUUUGUUAUUAUUAAAUAAUGUAUAUACCUAUGUUAAACAAAUCUAAAGAAAUUAACAUUUUUUUUCUAUAUUCUAUUAUUAAAAUCACUUAAAUCAAUAUCUUUUAUUGCAUGAUGUAAAAUUGAUUAAUUUUACUACUACUACUAAUGAAAACUAUAAGCUAAUAAAUUAAAAUGACUCAACUUAAAAAAAUAGUAUAUAAAUUAUAUUAUUUACUAUUAUUGUUAAUUUUGGUAAUCCUGGCAGAUUUAUGUAUUACAAUUCUUCAUGAUUAUGAAACACUACAAUAAUAAUAAAAACUAUUUUCUUUGAUUUAUUAAAGAUAAUUUUCUUUAAUUUAUAAUAUGAAUAUGAUUACAUAGAACAGUUGUUUAUUGUUGAUUAGGAAAAAUAUUUCAGCCCACCGAAAUCUCUUAGUGAAAUUAAAUGUACAUUGUUAUUAAAAUGUUG